AAGUGAUUAUUCUAUACAGUACCUGAAAGUUACAAAUAACUGUUUUGGUACAUUGAGGCAACCUUUGUAGGUAUCUGCCCUUGUUAAAUCAACAGAACACUCGCAAUAGUCAGUGAACUCUCCUGUGAAUCAGAGACGUGGCAGACUUCACAGGGCUGCUGUUUUUUGGGGGGGGGGGGGGGCGUUGUGGGCCCUGUCAUAGUUUUACCUCUGGCCACAGCUGUACGUGCUGAAUGUAGGGGCAUUCCAAGGGACCCAGAUGGUGCACGCUGUUGGUACUUAUGGUGAUUCCGUGUGCGGCGUUUAGACAGAGAUUGAUAGUAACUGUGAUGAUUAACUAAAGAGGGCCAUGCAUCUGUAAAAGGAAGGUCACGAGUCUUAUCAAUCUUGGCACGGGCAAAACACGUUUCACCUAGCUUAUACGUUACUUAAACUUACUAAGAUGAUUAAUAUUCUAAAGUGUAAAAAGACAAUGGAAAAAGAGAAACGAGUCUUCCGGCUCUUGCAUUCCUCUGAAGGGAGCCAGCCUGUCGGUGCUCCAGUCGUUGAUGAAAACUGGUUUGUCUGGUUGAACCGGUGACAUCGUUGCUACAAUACUCUAUAAUGUGAAUACUGUGUCCCUGUUGAAAAAAUAUUGUAUUAUAUUGUAUGGUGGGGCCUCUGGUGAUUCCCACCCCCAGUGGUAUUCAGUGGUGGUAUAGAGUCUAAAGUCUUUCUGACAUCAAUUAUACCAAAGUCUGUUAUAUUGUGUCAAGCCCGAGACGACACCACUCGGUUGUUAUAUAAUCUAAACCACAAAGCCUUGAUAGAACGUCUUCGAAGCUUCCUGGUUAGAUAAGUCAGGACCAACUUUAACUGACGGUGGUAUAAAAAAAAAAGCUGUGGAUCUCUGGAGGUUUUGAGUCCACAAACAAAGUUGAAAAGAAUAUCAGCGGGUUAUGAACUGCAGGGACGCCUGCACAGAAUCCCCCUCCGGGCUGGUGUUAGAAACGGUACCAAAACAAGACAAUGUAGGUUCCAUGUUCUGUCACUUCUUAUUCUAUUCAUUUUUUAGCUGUGGCAUCAUUUCAAUAUUGGCAUUGAGACGAUGGUGGCGGUCACCAAGGCGGUGAUUCCCAAACGUUUCUGUCCUCCACUUUGCCCCACUUUAAUGAUACAGGAACAAUGACGCCCCCCUGCAACCUCCCCAAAUCGGCCGUAUAUUCUUUGUUUUUAAUGAAUUGCAUUAUAAUACGUACGUGUGUGUGUGUGUGUGUGUGUGUGUGUGUGUGUUUGUGUAUUUACACACAAUUCAUAUUUUAGAGUUUGUACACAAACUUGAUAGAAUAUUAGGUUUUAUUUCUAAAAUAAGUACCAAUUGCCCCACUUUUCCACUUCAGUUCAAAGCCAUAUACAUUUUAAUCUUAAUUGCUGUACAGAACAACAAGUGUACAUAACAGGGUCCAAUACGCCUCAUUAUAUCUUUGUACUUUUACCCUUUUUUUUGUGUUGUUGCGGUGGGCCCAUUUAAAAAUGGUAUGUCAGACCAUUGUAAUGGAAGAUGAAUUAGUCAAUGACUUUGUGAUUUUCUUAGAAUAGACCAUCUGCUGUGCUUGAUGUCCAGCAGGAUUUCACAUGUUCCUUUAUUCUUCCACUCCGACCAAUAACGAGCUUCUAUUCAAAUAAACCUAACCCUCUCCUGGCCCCUCCCCCAUCCGUAUCAGCGGUCACGUAUCUACCCCUCUCUCUCCUCCUUUCUCCCUUCUGCUGCCGCUUGCUGGCUCGCGCAUGCCUUCCCUUCAUUGCCUAAUGCGGCUUGGCAAAAAUAAGGAGGAAAGCAGGCUUCGAAAAGAAGGUUUUUAAGCUGAAAAUCCACGGAGGCGGGGGAUGGAAAGGCAACCGGUUUCUUUGUGGAUAAACCCACAUGAGUUGUACUAUCUGAGAAUGCAAAGGGCUAAAGAAAAAUUGGACAAGACAAAGAUGGAGGACAAGAACCAGUGUCAGAGGAAGUUGAGGGUGUGCGUUGCGACAUGCAACAGAGCGGACUACUCCAAGCUGGCCCCCAUCAUGUUUGGCAUCAAAAAACAGCCCGAAGAGUUUGACCUGGAAGUUAUGGUGCUUGGCUCCCAUCUCAUUGAUGACUACGGAAACACUUUCCGUAUGAUCGAGCAGGACGACUUUGACAUUGGCUCCAAGCUGCACACCAUCGUGAGAGGAGAGGACGAGGCAGCCAUGGUGGAGAGCGUCGGGCUGGCGCUCGUGAAACUCCCUGAUGUCCUUCAGAGGCUCCGCCCUGACAUCCUGGUCGUCCACGGCGACCGCUUUGACGCGCUGGCCCUAGCAACGGCGGCGGCGCUGAUGAACAUUAGAAUCCUUCAUCUGGAAGGAGGAGAGGUGAGUGGCACAAUCGAUGACUCAAUCCGCCACUCCAUCACUAAACUGGCCCAUUACCACGCCUGCUGCACCCGGAGGGCAGAGCAGCACCUCAUCGCCAUGUGUGAGGACCACUCUCGCAUCCUGCUGGCUGGCUGCCCCUCCUAUGACAAGCUGCUGUCAUCAAAUCACAGAGAUGAUUACAUGGAUAUCAUCAGGAGCUGGCUGGGGGACAAGGUGCAGGAGCGUGACUACAUUGUGGCUUUGCAGCACCCGGUUACCACUGAUAUCCAGCACUCCAUUAAGAUCUACGGGCUGAUGCUGGAUGCCCUGAUCUCCUUCAACAAAAAGACCCUCAUUCUCUUCCCUAACAUCGACGCCGGAAGUAAGGAGAUGGUGCGCGUGAUGCGAAAAAAGGGCAUCGAGCAGCACCCCAACUUCCGGGCAGUGAAGCACAUUCCCUUUGAGCAGUUCAUCCAGCUGGUGUCCCACGCCGGCUGCAUGAUCGGGAACAGCAGCUGUGGGGUACGAGAGGCCGGUGCCUUCGGCACGCCCGUCAUCAACCUGGGAACGAGGCAAACUGGCAGAGAAACGGGUGAAAAUGUCCUACAUGUCCGAGAUGCCGACACUCAGAAUAAGGUGUACCACGCUCUGGAGCUGCAGUUUGGGAAGAGAUACCCCUGCUCCAAGAUUUAUGGCGAUGGCAACGCUGUUCCUCGUAUUCUCAAGUUUUUACGGACCAUUGACCUGGAUGAGCCCCUACAGAAGACUUUCUGUUUCCCCAUUGUGAAGGACUCCAUCUCCCAGGACAUCGAUCAUAUCCUGGAGACCCAGAGCGCUCUGGCUAUCGACCUCGGAGGGACCAACCUCAGGGUGGCCAUUGUCAGCAUGAGGGGUAAGAUAGUAAAGAAGUAUACUCAGCCAAAUCCAAAGAAGUAUGAGGACAGGAUGCAGCUCAUGUUAAAGAUGUGUACGGACGCCACGCGAGACGCCGUCAGCCUCAACUGCAGAGUCCUCGGUGUUGGUGUCUCCACCGGGGGGCGUGUGAACCCCCAAGAAGGAGUGGUGCUGCAUUCCACCAAGCUGAUCGAGGAGUGGUCCUCUGUGGACCUGAGGACACCCAUCGCCGACGUGCUGCAGCUGCCCGUCUGGGUGGACAAUGAUGGCAACUGCGCUGCCUUGGCUGAGAAGAAGUUUGGCCACGGAAAGGGGGUGGAGAACUUUGUCACCGUCAUCACAGGAACAGGUAUUGGAGGAGGGAUCAUUCAUCAAAACGAGCUGGUUCACGGCAGUACGUUUUGCGCUGCCGAGCUGGGCCACAUCAUGGUUUCAUUAGAAGGCCCGCAGUGCUCGUGUGGCAGCCGAGGAUGCAUCGAGGCCUACGCGUCUGGCAUGGCCCUGCAGAAAGAGGCCAAAAGGCUCCACGACGAGGACCGGCUGAAUGUGGACGGAAUGGAUAUGAAGCUCACGGAGCCAAUCACUGCGGCCCACCUCAUCAAUGCAGCCAAACUGGGGAACUGCGAAGCUGAUGCUGUUCUCAACAAAGCCUCCACAGCGCUAGGUGUGGGAAUUGUUAACAUGCUUCACAUAGUGAACCCGUCGCUGGUGAUUCUGUCUGGAAUCUUGGCGUCUCUCUACCAGGCGCCAGUGCAGCACAUCAUCUCUGAGCGAGCCCUCGUCUCUGCCAAGAACAUCAAAGUUGUCACAUCAGAGUUGGAGGAACCUGCUUUACUGGGAGCGGCAAGCAUGGUGUUAGACUAUGCAACCAGAAGGACAUAUUGAAGGAUAUGUCUUUAAGAGGACUUCAAAAACUAAAGGUAGUACUUAUACUGCUCUGGAAGAUGAGCGAGACUAGACCAUGCUCGUAAACCAUCAGAUCAGUGUAAAGCACAGGUUGAAUGCUUAUGAAAAAAUUUGUGCCCAGUUCCAUUCUGGACAUCUGUGUUACAAGUGUUAAGAGGGACCGGGAAUUCCAUUGUUAUCUACCUAACGUUUCUUUUGUUUUGUUCAGAAAUGAAUCCUUUCAACUUUUGAAUUGAACCUUCAAUGGCACGUUCAGAGCAAAAGUACCCACACAGUGCUUUGAUGUGAUGAGCUGGAUGCAAAGCUUGUAUCAGAUGUGACCAAAAUAUUGCUUGAACAUUUUCCCUGCAGCUUCCUCUCCAUUCACCGAAAUUGCCAGCCAACUCACUUUCCCAUUACUGUUGUAUGGAGUUUUCCACGUCGAUCUGGUCUAUUUCUGAGAGACUGUUAAAUGUCAUGUUAUCAUAUUACAUUUAAAUGUUUGGUUAUGCAUUAAAUUAUUCUGUGGGGGGGAAAUGUACCUUUUCAAAAAUGAUGGUUAAUGUAGUUGGUGAUAUUGAAGGCUUACGGGGUAGAAUAUAGUGAUCAAUAAAUUUGUUGAAAUACUGUAAUGAAAUGUUAAGGUAGCAACUGACUAAAACUCCUACAUUAUGGCCUGGGGAUGAAAUAUUAGCCUGUGUCAGGUGUUUUAAUUUUUUUUUCUACCAUUCAAUCUUAUUCAAAUUUGAUUUGUUUGUUUGUUGAAUUGUUUUCUUUGUGCCUGGUAUUUCAUCUCAAGAGAAUUCACAUUGUUUGUAUGUUAUUACAAACUGUAUUGUGCAUUACAUUAUGAUCGGGUUUUAUUUUGGAUUGAAUAACGCUGCAAUUUUUGGUUUAUCUCUAAAUAAAUGUACUUUUGUAGUACAAGUCCUGCAAAAGCCUGAUCGACAA